AUGUUUAAUCGUCCUUUAAUGUACUCCUACGCUUUCCAUAAUUCAGGAAUGAUCGAGGGAAAUAAUGAAUACAAUGAACAGUUGGUUCGCCGACUGCAUAAGGUGCUUCGACCCUUUCUACUCCGCAGACUCAAAGCGGAUGUUGAACGACAGCUGCCGAAAAAGUAUGAGCAUAUCGUCAUGUGCCGUCUUUCCAGGCGUCAGCGCUUCCUCUAUGAUGACUUCAUGUCUCUUGCUUCGUAA